AUGUCCGAAUUUCAAGCCGUUUUGUUAUGCGGUGGUUCGGGAAGUCGCAUGACAGAAUUAUGCGACGGAAUGCUCAAAUGUCUACUACCUAUAGCCGAUGUACCGAUGUUUUGGUAUCCACUGAAUACCUUGGUAUGUUCAGGAGUAAAAGAUAUCAAGCUUUUCGUUCGGGAGGAUGGCAGAGCUGAAGUGAGCAGUCUGUUGGCAACUCCUCUCUUCUCAUUCCCAUCAGUAACUAUAGAGUUGGUUCCUUUGUCGCGGGAUCAGGAGGACUGGGGGACAGCAGACGUGCUUCGACACCAUGCUGCAAAGAUA